UUCUUUUAAACAUAUAUAUCUAUAUAUAUAUAUAUAUAUAUAUAUAUAUACAAAAUUCUUUGGAGCUCUAUCUCUUCAAUCAUCAGGCUCCCAUACUCGAAGACAUUCUGCUUAUCUUCUACUUUCUCUUUCUCUCUAUCUUUUUAUUAUUUGACUAUUUUUUGCUAUUUUAAUGGCCUCUUUCAAUUAUUAUUUCUUCUUGUUUUAUUGCUACUCUAUUUUGAUUUUGUUUUUAUUGCAUGCACCAUGCUUAGUUACAAGCUCUAUUUUCAGGUACAAGCUCAAUUCCUUCAAUGCCACUGCCUCUAACAACUCCACCAAGCACCACCACAAGUGGGUCGGUCCCAUCGGUCACCGUGUUAUCACCGUCGAUGUUGCUGGCUCUGGCGAGUUCCGGUCUGUCCAAGCUGCUGUUGAUUCUGUCCCCGAGAACAACAGAGAGAAUGUGCUCAUACUAAUUAGUGCAGGAUAUUACAUAGAGAAGGUGGUGGUGCCAGUGACAAAACCCUACAUAACGUUUCAAGGUGCAGGGAGGGACGUGACCUUCAUCGAAUGGCAUGAUAGAGCAAGCGACCGCGGUGCCAAUGGACAGCAGCUACGCACUUACAGAACAGCUUCUGUCACUGUUUUUGCCAGUUAUUUCUCUGCUAGAAACAUCAGCUUCAAGAACACAGCGCCAGCACCGAUGCCAGGAAUGCAAGGGUGGCAGGCGGCAGCAUUUCGGAUAUCAGGCGAUAAAGCCUACUUCGCAGGGUGUGGAUUCUAUGGUGCACAAGAUACUUUAUGCGAUGAUGCAGGGAGGCAUUACUUCAAAGAGUGUUACAUCGAAGGCUCUAUUGACUUCAUUUUUGGAAAUGGCCGUUCCAUGUAUAAAGACUGCGAGCUGCAUUCAAUAGCAACAAGAUUUGGAUCGAUUGCGGCCCAAGAUAGAAAGUCUCCAGAUGAGAAAACAGGUUUUGCUUUUCUUCGUUGUAAGGUAACGGGAACUGGCCCAUUGUAUGUGGGCCGGGCUAUGGGCCAAUACUCGAGAAUAGUCUACGCCUACACUUACUUUGAUGACUUGGUUGCACACGGUGGCUGGGACGAUUGGGACCACGUCAGCAACAAAAACAAGACGGCAUUCUUUGGAGUGUACAAAUGCUGGGGCCCAGGAGCUGCAAAAGUGAGAGGUGUUUCAUGGGCAAGGGAGCUUGAUUUUGAAUCAGCCCACAAGUUCUUAGCCAAGAGUUUUGUUAAUGGCAGACACUGGAUCGCACCAUCUGAUGCUUAAACUUACCACCACCACCAAUUUUUGCCCAUUCUCUCUCCCUCUUGCCCUUUUUCACAAUUUAUUCAGUCGUUCAUAUGCUUUCAUAUUUCUUUUCUUACCUGUAAAAAUUGUAAUCAACCUAUUCUUAAAUUCUACUCGUAUCUUCAAACAGUUUGAUAGUUUUAACUGAUCUUACAUUGGCAUAUAUAUACCAAAUAUUACAAUUAUUUGAAGCA